AACAGUAGCUGAUAGUUGACGUAUGAAGAUGAAGUGUAUUUUGUUAAAGACUCUAUUAUUUAUCGUCAUUUUCCAUCUAUCUCGCCAAAAUAUCUGUGAAGAAUCUCAACGGUGCGAUUGUACAUAUGAAGGAUGGAAAUUAAACGUCGACUGCUAUGAUUAUGAAGGCGAUUUCCCUUCACUUCCUCUUAAUACGACGUCUUUCUCUCUAACUGAUUCAAAGGUUGAAAAGCUGCCGGAUGACGCCUUUAAGAAUAAUCAUUUCUUGGAGACUGUUACUAUUUCCUAUUCGGUGUUGUAUGAUAUCGAAGAAAGAGCUUUCCGGGAGGCUAAAGCCAUCAAAUCAGUCUCGCUAAUUGGUAAUAAAUUCAAACGUCUUAGAGCAAAUGUGUUUAGAAGAAUAGAUUCUCUUCGUUCCUUGAUUCUUCUGAGAAAUUCUCUUCAUACUAUUGAUUAUGGUUUUCUUGGGGGAAAUUCAAUGAAGUUGGUGAAAAUAGGUUUUAAUCGUUUAACAGAAAUUAGACGAGACAUAUUUAUUGACGCAAUGAUUGAGGAAUUGAUUGUAAUCAACUCAAGCAAGCUGAUAAUGACAAACGGAGAGUUUUUUCAGUGGAUGAGAAAUUCGAUUAAAGUUGUAUCUUUUACGAAUGUUCCCGUCGUUCACCCGGAAAACAGAUUAUCCUUCAAAAAUUUACGCUUGGAUAAGCUAAUAUUGAGAAACGCAGGCCUUAAGGAUUUAAGUAAACUUAAUGGCUUGACCACAAAACACCUAGAUAUAAGCAAUAAUCAGAUUGAUUGGAGUAGUACAAAAUCAUCAAAUUUUAGUAUAGACAGCCUCAGUUGUGAAACUACUGGCUUGAAAGAUCUACAUCUGUUAUCCCUAGCUUUCCCACGUAUUAAAACCCUCUCUGCUGCCUAUAAUAAAAUAGAAUCCAUUCCAAGUCAGGGUUUAGUUGGUUUAUUCCCUUUAAUGACAAAGGUUGAUUUUUCUAAUAAUCUUUUUACGGAACUACACCCAAGAGAUGUAGCAUAUUUAAAAACGGCUAACUUUAACUACUGCAAACUUCGUACAAUAUAUAAUGAACAACAUGGCUUUUCAAAGAAAUUGACAGACAUGCUACAGGACGGACUACAAUUGAAAUUUAACGGAAAUAAAUUCCAUUGUAAUUGCCAACUAAGGUGGCUUUAUGACUAUCUAAAAUCUCAAAGAAGUUAUUCUUUCUUUUCUACUAAAUGUCAAACGCCACAGUUUAGUCAUUUUAUUAAUAUGAAGGAAUCAAAUUUCUCUUGCGUAGCGGCUCAAAUUGUGACUUUCUCAAAGUUUUUGAUAGGGAAAACUUCAGUUAGACUAACUUGUGAAGCAACUGGCGAUCCUUUACCGAUGCUUCAGAUUCAUUUCCGCGAAGACGGUCUUAUAAAAACGGAGAAAAUUACUGUUCGGAAUCCUGAUCCGAAAUUUAAGCGAAAUAGAUUAUCAGUCGUUUACACAAGGGAUAACAGCGUCCAUUCAGACUUGAUCGCUUAUUGUGUUGCUCGGAACGAAAAGGAUACAGUAGAUGCUGUAAUUACCUUAACUUCUCUACUCGGUAUCACAAGAUCUCAGCCAACUCCUACAACUAUGACCAGAAAAUCAAGUACUACCAAGCCAACCACUCUAAAAGCUUCCUCAAAUCCAACAAAAGAGUUUGAGACGACUCCAUCUACCUCUAAAACUGUUGUGAAUACUAAAUCAUUUAGUAAAACCACCCUAACCCCAUCACCGUCCACUACCCCUCUCCCUGAAAGUAGUUCAACAAUGGAUAAUUUUAAGACUACAGUUAACGUUGAAACUACUAGGAGAUCAUCAAAGGGUAGUUCUACUCUUUCAGAACAUCAUACCGAACCAAGAACAACGUCACCGUCAUUGUCAAAAACAACAACAGCAGCAACAACAACAGCAACAACAAAAGCCACAACUACAGCAGCAACAAUGAAAGUAACAGAGGACAGAUCGACAAAAGUAACAAGUGAUUCAAGUAAAACGAAAAAAUCCAGUUUACAAUGGACAACUACACAAAUGCCUUCUUCGUCAAGAGGUGACAAUAAGUCGUCUCAAGAAUCAAAAACUACUAGGAGAUCAUCAAAGGGUAGUUCUACUCUUUCAGAACAUCAUACCGAACCAAGAACAACGUCACCGUCAUUGUCAACAACAACAACAACAAAAGCCACAACCACAGCAGGAACAAUGAAAGUAACAGAGGAAAGAUCGACUAAAGUAACAAGUGAGUCAAGUAAAACGAAAAAAUCCAGUUUACAAUGGACAACUACACAAAUGCCUUCUUCGUCAAGGGGUGACAAUGAGUCGUCUCAAGAACCAAAAAAAUCCACUGAGUCAACCACUAGCGCCUCCCCCAUCUCUACUACACUUACCAAUGCCGUUUCAACAAGCACUAAAGCGCCAUCUAUCGAAGAAAGUCUAACAAAAAUAAAAGUAACAAUUAUUGAAAAGGGAAAUUCCAAAGUUUCUUUAACGUGUAAAAGUAAUUUAAACGAAAAAUUAACUUUACAACUAUUUACUUCCAAAAACAAAAGUCAAGAAUUUACAAUAGUCGAUGAGCAAUUCUCAAUUAGAACUGAUAAUUCUAAUCAAAUAUCCUUCUAUAUUGGCAAUCCUUCAGAUGACGAUACGCCAGCCCUAGCAUCGCUAAACGAAGAUUGUCCAACAAUCUGUAAUUGUCGAGAUCAAAGUAUUACUUGUCCAGCUAGCGAUGAAAAUAUUAUGGAAAUACCAAAACUAUCAGCUAAUUCACAAUUUACAAAGUUGUUUAUUAAUAAAGGUAAUUUGGAAGUAUUAGACUCUUCAUCAUUUCAAGGAUAUGAUAAUUUUGAGGAAAUUCUACUUUCGAAUUGUAAUUUAAAAACAUUACAUAAAAAUACUUUUUCAAAGAUGAGAAAUCUAAAAUCUAUUAGUAUUUGGAACAACGAUGAACUUCAAUCAAUUCCGGAAGGUAUAUUCUUAAACAAUCGCGAACUACAGUACAUUUCAAUGUCUACAAAUGGUAUUCAAGAACUGCCUAGAAAUUUUGUAAGAGGUCUCCACUUAAUAACCGUUGACCUUCGUUCAUUACAGUUGAAAUCUCUUCAUCAUAGUGUAUUUUCCAAUUCAACAAUGAGGAAUUUAUUCCUCAGUAACAACAGAAAAUUAUCUGAUUGGGAUCCGUCAGAAGUAGUUAUGCAUUUGAAUGUCAGUCAUCUAGCCAUUAAUUCAAUACCUAUGGCAAAAUUACAGCAUAGUUUAGAUUUUUCAACAUUACAAGCAAUGGAAAGAUUAGAUAUGUCUAAUACUGAAAUAUCUCAACUAAAAUUCCUAGAUGGAGUGAGAACAACUGAUGUUAUAAUAAAUCAUAAUCAUUUUGAAAGUUUACCACUACAUCCACAAAUGGAUUGGACUUUUUUACGAUAUUGUAAUAUUACCAAUUCAAAAUUAAUAAGUAUUGAUCAAUUGCCCAGUAUGCCUAAAAUUCUUCACUUGAAUUUAAAAGAAAAUUCAAUUACCCAUCUAAAUCAAUUGAAUAUUUCAAAAAAAUUUCCCAAUCUGGAAGUACUUAUACUCAGUUCUAAUAAGAUCUCUGUUUUUGAUGCAAAUAUCAUUACUGGUUUUGGAAGUAGGCUGAGAAGUUUAUUCCUUAAUUCAAACUUGUUAAAAACUAUACCAAAGCCAAAUCAACCUAUAGGAGAAAUAUGGCCUGCAAUGAAAUAUUUUGAUUUGAAUGAAAAUAUUUUUACCUGCGAUUGCAACGUUGCUUGGUUUUAUGAGUGGUCAUACGGUAAUGAGAAUAUAAGCGCACCGUAUUGUCUUAUUCAGAUUGAUCAAGUAAGGUUAUUGAAUGAAAUGCCUAGAGAAGGGUUUAACUGUUCACCUAGAGAUAUUAUUUCCUUCAAUUAUACUAUGGACGAUGAGAGAGUAGAUGUCUCCUGUGGAAAUGGGGAUAUUUGUUCAAAUAGUGCGCGAAUCAGUAUAGAAGAUGAAGGCUAUUCUGGAACAAGAAAGACUUCUUCGGAGAGUAGAGGAGCUGCGCUCGUCUCUUACGAAUACACCGAAAAUACAAUAAGACUAAUUAUAAGAUGCGACAUUUCCAAUCCUACCAACGGUACGGGAAUCAUUAGUAAAACUAAGAUCAUUAAUAUUCGAUCCAAGAGUACCGAAGACCCUCAGACUCGAACUACACAAACAUCAAUAAAGACUACAUCACCUCAAAAACAAUCUCUUAACUCUACUGGAGAUUCAACAGACUAUUCAACAAUCUACUUAGCUGUAGGACUCUCGCUUAUCUGCCUUUUUAUUAUUAUACUAGCAGCGUUUGCUAUUAGAAAUUGGAAAAUUGCUAAAAAAUUUCGAAAGCUUCAGAUGGAAUAAAGAAAGUAUAAUCUUUUAGAAUUACUUUGUUUUUUUUUUAUAUUUUUUAUUCUUAUAUUUCAUUAUUAUACGGUAAAUAAAUACAAUUUUUGAAAGUUGCAUUAUAUAAACAAAAGAUACAUGAAUAAUGAUGGAAGAGGGGAGAGGAAAACAAAGAAGACCGUUGUAUAUAGUUGUGUAGAAAAAAAAACUGCAAAUAUUAUAAAAAAAACUAUAUAGGGGAAAAGAGUAAGAUGAAGGUAUAAAGUAUUAAAAAAAAGAAA